AACGCCUCUGAUUGAUUACCUUUAGCCAGUCAGGGACGGAUGCGCGCGCGAGCUUACUCAUCUCCUUCCUCCUACUCCGGUCAGAGAGGCACCCAACACAACAGACCCCCUCUCCGGCCCUCUUACACCAGCCUUGCUAUAUCAGAGCGACGAUUUAUCCGGGCGGGUUGCACUUUAUCCUCCGUUUCCAACAAGAAGAAACGCUGGGCGCCGCACACCAAGAAGAUCGGGCAGAAGGAAGACAUCGGCUCAGCAGGAAGCAGCAAGAAGGCGUUGAGAGCUUGGGCAUGUCAGGCAUGUCAGCGGCUGUCACUGCAACUGUAUCGGCGGUCUGUGCGACCGUGGCGGUGGUCAUAACCAUGGCCGUGAUCAGGCGAUGCCGCCACGUGAGGAAGAAAAUGCACAAGAAGGUCGUGACCAAGAUCAUGGAGGAGAUCAGCAAAAGGAACCGUGACCGCCGAGCAGCCCCGGACGACGUGGUGAUCGAGAUCGGCCCCGUGGAGAAGUUCCUCCACGACAUCCUCAACGAGAAGCCGAUGCGGUUCAGCUCCCAGCAGCUGGCGUCCUUCACCGGGAACUACUCCACCGAGCUCGGCUCCGGCGGCUUCGGGGUGGUGUACAAGGGGGAGCUCCCCAACCGGCUGUCUGUGGCGGUGAAGCUGCUCAAGAUGUCCAUGAACAAGAAGGUGCAGGAAGGGUUCAUGGCCGAGAUCGGCACCAUCGGCCGGACCUACCACGUGCACCUCGUCAGGCUCUAUGGCUUUUGCUUCGACCCCGACACUAAGGCGCUCGUCUACGAGUACCUGGAGAACGGAUCGCUGGAGAAGUACCUCUAUCACGACGGCGACGACGGCGAGGAUAGGCGGGAGAGGCUCGAGUGGCGGACGCUACACAACAUAGCCGUCGGCACCGCCAAGGGGAUCCGGUACCUGCACGAGGAGUGCCAGCACAAGAUCGUGCACUAUGACAUCAAGCCGGCCAACAUCCUCCUCACGGCCGACUUCACGCCCAAGGUGGCCGACUUCGGGUUGGCCCGGCUGGGCGAGCGCGAGAACACGCACAUGUCGUCGCUGACGGGCGGCGGUCGAGGGACGCCGGGCUACGCGGCGCCGGAGCUGUGGAUGGCGCUGCCGACGACGGAGAAGUGCGACGUGUACAGCUUCGGGAUGGUGCUGUUCGAGAUCCUGGGGCGGCGCCGGAACUAUGACGCCCGGCUGGAGGACGAGAGCAGAGAGUGGUUCCCUAAGUGGGUCUGGGACAAGUACGAGCAAGGGAAUAUGGAGUGCAUCGUGUCCGCGGCGGCCGGCGUCGGGGAGGCGGACCGGGAGAGGGCGGAGACCAUGUGCAAGGUGGCGCUCUGGUGCGUGCAGUUCCAGCCGUCGGCGCGGCCGACAAUGAGCAGCGUGGUGCGGAUGCUGGAGGGGGAGAUGGCCAUCGUGCCGCCGGUGAACCCGUUCCAUUACGUGUCGGGCGGCGGCAGCUCCAGCGGCUGGGCGCUGUCGAGCGGCACCGGCACCGGCACAUUCACGAGCAGCAGCCGGGACACGGGGAGGGACAGCGAGGUCUCGACAGCAAGUGCUCCUACCCCUAAGCCGAGUGCUGCAAUGGUUAAAGGUGUCAGGUUCAGUGAUCCAGUGACGGCAUAGGGUAUGUACAUUUUGUUAUCACGCGUGGGGCUCCAUUCGAAGGCUUCCUCUGUUUUCAGUUUACAAGUAGGAAGCUGGCAUGAAAAGCGGUGUUAAAACAUGCGAUAUAUAUUGAACCGAUGACAAAUUUAGUUUAAA